AUGCUGCCCCGGUGGGCCUUGCUGGUCUUCGCCACGCUCCUGCUAGGUGGUGCCCUGGGCCGGAGGGCCAGGAAGCCCCCAGGGCCUGCCCCGGCCAUCUCGGCCGUCCAGCCCCAGGCCCAUUUCCAGGCUCAGCAGUUUGCAGGAAAGUGGCUCCUCGUGGCCGUGGGCUCUGCCUGCCGCUCCCUGCAGGAGCAGGGCCACAGAGCUGAGGCCACCGCACUGCACACAGCUCCACAGGGCGCAGCCAUGGUCGCCAGCACCUUCCGAAAGCUGGAUGGCAUCUGCUGGCAGGUGCGCCAGCUCUACAGCGACACCGGGGUCCCCGGCCGCUUCCUGCUCCCAGCCCGGGGGCCCCGGGCGCCCGUGCGUGUGGUCGUGGCCCACACGGACUACCAGGGCUUCGCCAUCCUGUUCCUGGAGAGGGCCGGGCGGCUGGCGGUGAAGCUGUAUGCCCGCUCUCUGCCGGUGAGUGACUCUGCCCUGAAUGAGUUUGAGCAGCAGGUGAGGAGGGCCAACCUGACGGAAGACCAGGUCGUGUUCUUCCCCACGUACGGUUUCUGUGAGGCCGCAGACCAGUUCCAUGUGCUGGACGAGGUGAGGCGGUGAGGCUGGAGAAGCUGCCCACGGUGGACCCUGCUGACCCCCUCCGUGACCCCUGCACCCCUGCGCC